CCGCUUCUCUGUAUCUUUCCUCUCAAUUUCCCCCCCUUCUCAAUCCAGUCCAUUGAACUUACCUGAAUGGGAACUUGCCGGAAAUGGAAUUUUGCGUGGCCGAAAAUCUCCACUGUGGAUCACGCGAUUCUUCGCUGGCCCCAACGGCAGCCAAUCAUGAUAGGAUUAUAGCUCGCUUGCUCGGAAAAUUGGCCGGGCCGGGGUCCACCGGCUGCGCGUCUUUUCGGGGGAACCUCUGCUUCUUUCGCCUUGUUCACCUUCAUUUCCACUUGCACCUCGUCUUUCCAUCCGAACUCGCAUAUUCGCAUGGUUGCUCGGUCUUAGCUACCAUAGUCGCUCAGACUAAAUCGCCGCUAGUAGGCAUCCUCAUUCUUGGGUCCAAUAGGAUUGCUCCGGACUUCGUCAUCCACUGGAUCCGAUCCGGGAACCAUGACAGUCCGCCGAAUUUUCUCGACGCCCACCUUCAACGCCCGCCCAUCACAUCAUCCUGUCUGCCCCCUCCUCCGUCUUCGUCGUCGCAAUCGUUUUCCACCGUCAACGCGGCCACACACACUUCGCCUCUUCCUGCCCAAGAGCGCUAUGUUGGAACCCUUUCUGUAUUCUCCGUCGAGUCCGAGGGAAUCAGGGUCAUGAGCCCGUAUAAAUAUAUCCCGUCGACCAUGGGUAUCCGUUGAUGGAGGUGGUCCCCCGGAUAAGGAUUUUUACUCCCGGUGGAGCCAGGCUGCUGACGACAAGAGAUCUUAAACAUCCCGCUACCGACAAGUCAGGACCGUCGCUGGCCAUUUCCAGUUCCUGUGCACUGCCCGGCGUGGCUAUAAUGCUGGUCUGCAUUGUUCCUGGCGGGCCAAAAAGGAAAAUUAUCCUGCUCCCACUGCGACGGACAAGCAUCUUCUGGCUACUAUUCUGGUAUCGGGCCCCCCCCGGUCCGCCAGAUAUAUCGCACACUGUAAACACGCAUCCUCCGUCGAAUUAUCGCCACUACUCUUCAAGGCUUAGACUUUCAUCCCCCGCCAUCUCGUCCUCUUAUUUGCCCUGUCCCGUAGCUGCUUCGUCCCCUCCCCCUAUAUAUAGUUUCUU